AUGAGUGGACACAGUGGCAAGACCAAGGGCAAGCACAAGGUGUCGCAGCUGUAUGUUCACGUCCUCGAGCCACCUAGUAUGUCACGCACAAUGUCGAUUUCCAACGAUGGCCGUCAGGUCAAAACUCGGACUUCCCAACACCACCUGCCAUCGGAAAUGUCAACCAGCAUAUCACCUCAAGACGAGUCUCCUGAUGCACCCGUACCUCCUCCUGAGGUCGAAGGGACAGAGGGUCUUGAGGAUGUGGAUAUAGUGGCCACCACUCGUGUGAAAUGUUACCGAAAUUCGGAUGAGCCGCUUCUGAAUUGGAUGCCUUACCGUGAUGAAUAUCUUGAUGAGUGUCUGUGCCAGGAGGGGCGAGGAGAGCAGAGGGGUAGAGCCGUGGCUUGCAUUGUUCUUUCGCAUGCUGCAAAUCCACUGCAUGCAAUAGAGCAGUGGACUGAUUCGAAAUUUUUCGCGAAGACCUCACUUUGCGACCUUGGGCUACGGGUGCAGCUGGGACAUCCCUUCUCACAGCAUUGUCCUAUCAAGACGGCCGGCCAUAGGGACUUCCUAGUCCUCCACGUCAAUGGCAUCCAUCGCAUCGCAGUUAAUUUCUGCGAUUGCCAAUCCAUUCCUCAUCACAUUCAGCUUCUACGUGCAGGAUGGUGGCCAGCUAUGCCGAAGGAGCCACAAACUUGUGCCACGUUCUCCUUACUUCGGCCCUUCCACUUGCUCAAUCUCCAAGGAAAGGUGACAGCAUACGACUUCUACCGAGCAUUGGAGGCCCUGACAGACAACACGGGUCUCACAACUCCUCCAGACCGCCUACCAUCGUUCAUGCAUAUUGUGCGAGAAUGGCGGCACAUCAAAGCAUUGAAGUGCGCAGGCCACAGACAUGAUCCGAGCGGAGUCGAAGGAACAAAGGAUGGAGAACUCACAGUUCCCUGCCGUGCCUGUCCCCAUCCCGGGAUAAAUUUGCCAGAUGGCCGGGAACAGGCCCCUCCGGAGAAAUCAUGGCUCUAUCGCUUGAUUAUUGGCAUGGAUGCCAACUUUCAGCUCAAAAAUCGUGAUCGCAGCAGUGCACACCGAGAGCCCCCACUAGGGCCCGGAUGGGCUUAUUUCGUGAAAGAGGAUGGAUACCACGAGCACAUCAAGAAGCAUGUUAAUGACGAAGAGAUCAGCACCUGCACUGGCUUCCAGGCCAUUAUGCUAGCCAACUUGAAGAGGGCGAAAGGCCUGCAUGUAACAGGGGUCAGCGGCAUCAGUUGCAGUCGCCACGAAAUGUUUCGUGCAAACGGUAUGGGCGAUCUUCAGCAGGGCGAGCGAUAA